AUGGCACCCGCUGCUGCCCACGCUGCCGAGGGCAUCGUGUCGUCCAUUGAUGUGAAGUCUAUGCCGCCGUUCUGGCGACGAAAAAAUGGGAUACUACUAUACUUCCUUUUGACUUCCUCACUGCUUGCAAGCGCUGCACUUGGAAUUGAUGGCUCCAUGACAAACGGCAUGCAGGCCUUGGAUUCUUGGCAAGAUCGCUUUGGACACCCCGAGGGAGCUACAUUGGGAUUUUUCGGUGCAUCCAACGCAAUCGGAGGUGUGAUUCCGUUCAUCUUCCUCAGUUGGAUCGGCGAUAAAUUCGGCCGCCGGUUGCCCACUGCCCUAGGCUCUAUCAUUAUCAUCACUGGUGUGAUAAUCGAGUUCUUCGCUACUUCUCUCAACAUGUAUAUUGGCGGAAAGAUCAUUCUAGGGGCGGGGUCUUCACUUAUUCAGAUGGGUGCCCCAGUCCUGAUCACAGAACUGUCUCAUCCGAAAGAGCGUGUGCAAGUCACCACCUUCUACAACACUUCCAUUGCCCUGGGAUAUGUCAUUGGGGCCUGGGCAACUUUUGGCUGCUAUAGAAUCAGCAGCCAAUGGUCGUGGCGACUACCUACAUUGGUUCAAAUCAUUCCCUCGGCUUACCAGUUCUGUUUGAUUUGGUUUUGCCCCGAAUCCCCUCGCUGGCUGAUUGCUAAAGGGCGUCACCAGGAGGCCAAGGAGAUUUUGAUCAAAUACCACGGGGAAUGCGAUCCUAACUCAGAGUUGGUCCAAGUGGAGUGCGCUGAGAUCCAGGAGGCCAUCGACAAGGAAGCCGAAAACAACCUGACAUGGAAAGAUUUCGUGUCAUCACGAGCCAAUCUCAAGCGCAUGUUUCUGUGCUUUGCCACGGCGGUCUUCAGCCAGAGCUCUGGUAACCUCUUGGUCUCGAAUUAUUUGACACAGAUUCUCAAGGACACCGGGCUGAAGACACAAUAUGAGAUCACACUUGUGAACGGAAUGGUUACUCUUUGGCAAUACAUCGUCGCGAUUGCCGUUGCAGUGGUCAUCGACAAAUUCCGUCGUCGCUUCUUCUUUCUCACUGGAUCCGGUGGUGUUGUUGUCGUGUUCGUCGUCUGGACUAUCGCAGCCCAGCAAUACUUGGAGCACAACUCACUAGCUGCCGGCAGGGUAGUGAUUGCGUGCAUAUUCGUGUUUCAAGCAUUCUACACUUUUGCUUGGACGAAUCUGAUCGUUACCUAUACCCUGGAGAUUGUCACACUUCAGAUGCGAGCCAAGGCAUGGGCAUUUGUUCUUCUGACCAUUCAGGUGGCGUCUGUCUUCGGAAGCUAUGUUAACCCAAUUGGGCUGAAGGCUUUGGGAUGGAAGUUCUAUAUCUACUACUGCGUCUGGGUGCUCAUUGUCUACCUCACGGUAUAUUUCUUCUUUGUGGAGACCGCCGGCCCUACUCUCGAAGAACUGACCUAUCUUUUCGAGGGCGAGGACGCAAAGCGAAAGUUGGGUGAUAAAGUCGCCGAGAAAAAGGAACAAAUUCAGUAUGAGGAGCACGUUGAAAACAAAUUCCCGUGA